GAGAAGAGCUAUACAGUGGGCGGCUGGGCCUGGGCAUGGUGGCUUAUCACCGACAUACAGAAACUCUCUCUGGAGAUAAUGACCAUCCUCUGUCGCUGUGAGAAUAUCGAAACUUCGGAGGGUGUCCCCUUGGAUGUGACAGGGGUCGCUCAGGUAAUCACACUGAAUGAAACAAGCCAACCAAAUGAGACCGAGAACAAUUUGAAGUGCUCAGGAUGUGAAGGGCGGUGCCCUGGUUCCAUUUCCCACGUUACACACAUACACAUGCUCUCACGCUCUCUUCCACACUCUUGUGUUGGUCUUCCUCUGCAGUGAAGGAGAGCCAGUCAUCUCUCACUAUCCUUGUCUGGAGUUUGGCUACGCAGCGCUCAUGGCUCAUGUAACUGAUGUCUCCCGUCAGCCUGUUUUGACUGUUGGGUCUGUAAUGGAUGACGCACGUAUCAGAUGGGCUUCCGGGAAUAUUGUGGGUUGGGAAAUAAUCUUUAAGGUUCUGGGAAUCUGAAUCCAGAGGAUGCCAUUACAGCCCACGGUCAAAACACCUGAUUUGUGCCGACCAAAUGGUGUGUCUUCGUAUUUUCACCAUACAGAUUCAUUUUUGUUUUGUUUACCUUCACGUAUUUCUUUAAUCCCACCUUCUUUCUUGUUUUCACACCGCUUGACAUUCUUCCCGUAGAUCAUAGCCAACUUUUUUGGUUUGUUUCCCUUUUUUUGCGUUUUCCACAGGAUAACCCUUGAGAUUAUGACCCUGCAACCCAAGUGUGAGGAUGUAGAGACAGCGGAGGGGGUAGCUAUUACUGUCACAGGUGUGGCACAGGUGAAGGUCAUGACUGACAAUGAGCUGCUGGGUUAUGCCUGUGAACAGUUCCUGGGCAAGACAGUGGCAGAGAUUAAAAGCGUCAUUCUGCAGACGCUGGAAGGUCACCUGCGCUCUAUUCUGGGGACUCUGACGGUGGAGCAGAUCUACCAGGAUAGGGAUCAGUUUGCCAAGCUGGUGAGGGAGGUGGCGGCACCCGAUGUGGGCAGGAUGGGCAUUGAGAUCCUAAGCUUUACUAUUAAGGAUGUCUAUGAUAAGGUGGACUAUUUGAGUUCCUUGGGGAAAUCCCAGACUGCUGCUGUUCAGAGAGAUGCUGACAUUGGCGUGGCUGAAGCAGAGAGAGAUGCUGGAAUCAGGGAAGCAGAAUGUAAGAAGGAGAUGAUGGAUGUGAAAUUCCAAGCCGAUACAAGAAUGGCAGACUCAAAGAGAGAGCUGGAGAUGCAGAAGGCUGCCUUCAAUCAAGAAGUGAACACAAAGAAAGCUGAGGCGCAAUUGGCCUAUGAGCUUCAGGCAGCCAAGGAGCAGCAGAAGAUCAGACUGGAGGAGAUUGAGAUUGAGGUGGUUCAAAGGAAAAAGCAGAUCACCAUUGAGGAAAAGGAGAUCCUGAGGACAGAAAAAGAGCUGAUCGCCAUCGUGAAGAGACCAGCUGAGGCUGAAGCCUACAAGAUGCAGCAGCUCGCAGAGGCACAGAAGAUAAAGAAGGUGUUGACGGCACAGGCUGAAGCGGAGAAGAUCAAGCGUAUUGGAGAAGCAGAGGCCGGCUCCAUUGAGGCUGUGGGUAAAGCUGAAGCAGAGAAGAUGAGGGUCAAAGCUGAGGCCUAUCAGCAGUAUGGGGAGGCUGCAAAGACUGCCCUCGUCCUUGAGGCUCUGCCAAAGAUUGCUGCACAGGUGGCAGCACCCUUGAGCCGUACCAAUGAGAUUGUGAUCCUGAGCGGCGACGGUGGCCGUGUCACUGGGGAAGUGAAUCGUCUGUUGGCUGAACUACCUGUUUCUGUAAACGCCCUCACUGGGGUGGAUCUGUCCAAGAUCCCUUUGCUUCAGAAGAUGAUCAGUCCUCAAGCUUGAACACGCUCCUUCCACACUGCUGCCUUUCCGACACUCCCACAUUGAUUGCCUUGAAAAGAAACACUUGAAAGCUGUUUUCUUUUUACAGAAAUGAGGCUUUGAUUUUUUUUAGACCCCUGGUGCCUUACCUCUUCAGGACCAGAUUCUCUGCACGUGCUCUUGUAUUGUCACUUAUAUCCUUUUUUGUCUGUUUAUUUGCUUUUUUUUUGUUCAAACGACAUACCACAAUUAUAGUUUUUUUGUUAAUCUCAGAACUGUAUCAUAUAUUCACCAGUGGGCAGCUGCAGAUCUACAGUAUGUGCAUGUAGUGAUUUAGAAGAUAAGGAUGUAUUCCCAUUUUAAUGGGUAGCUAAGGUUUUAUUCACAGUUACAUUUAUGCAAUGUAUGAAGAUAUAUAGAAGCAUAGUGUAGAAGAGCCAUUAGGUUUGUUACAGCAUGUUUAGUGGGCCUUUGAAAUCGUUCAUCAUUGUGAAGACAUUGCUGUUCAGGACAAAUAGUGACACAGGAAUGAGGAGGACUGACUUUUAGUUUAUCUAACCAAUACAUUUAGACAUAGGUUCAUUUGUAAACAUCUUUUUUGCACAGUUCAAACAUGAAGCGCUCUAGUAAUUUGAUAUUUUUUUUACAGUGGGAUGAAAACAAUCAGUUUGUUACCUUUUAAAAGUUUGCUUUUAGGGUUGAAGGUCAAAUCACACUUUCACUGUGCAGUCAAUCAUGAGAAACUACGCCAUGCGAUUCAUAAUCGGAUCUGUAUGUAUAUUCUUUGAGAAUGUUUUGCCUAUUUUUGGAUAAUAAAUAGUGGUCCAAAUGCAGUUUUACCAAGAUGCCAAGCAAAGGCCAAAACAUGCUGAAUUAUCAGGAUUUAGAAAAGUAUAUUUAUUUUUCAUUGCAGAAAACCUCACGUAAUUUACCUCACCCAAUGUUUAUGCAGAUGAUAAAGCUGCAAGUAAGAUAUUAUGACUGCAGCCAAACUGACAGUACAGAUCCCAGAGCACUCUUUUGUCUACUGUUAAAUCCAGAAGUUUGGAGAUUGAUAUACGCUGUGCAUUUGAAGUUGAACAUCUACCAUGUCCAUAGUUUCCUUGAAGAUACUCUAUGCCUUAAGGAGUUUUCCCCAUAUUGAAUAGUUUCAGUUUUUUUUUUUAUUCAGUGAUGCAUUUUGAUUAUGUCAGGACUUCCUCUUUUUUAUGUUUUAACUGCAAUAUUUAAAAUAAUGUCACAUGUAUUCUUUAUUCCUAAAGUACUAGUUAUCAACAUCCGGAUAAUGUGAGCGCUCUGUCAGGUAUAUGUGAAAUUUAACUCCGCUUUAGCAAUUUUUUCCAUUGAGAGUGACUAUAUUUUAGUGUUUUGUUUUCUUCUGAUUUUCAGUUUGCCAUUAUGUCAUGAUUAUGCAAAUCAGUUUGCCAAACAUCAUUAGGUCAAACAGUAUAUCCACAUUUAUUUUAUAAAUGAUCCGGUCUUUUGUUAUUGAUCUUUUGUUCAUAAUCAGAUGCCAAAUAUAAAGUUAGUUUUUUUUACAGUACACUUUGGCAAAAAUAUUUGUGAAAAAAUGUUUUGUUUGUCAGAAACAAGUUCAUUAAAAUUGUUCAAUUUUCAUUCUUCAAAAUGAAGUGUGUUUGUUAUUAUGACAUGAAUAUCUGUUUCAACUGGGAAAAGGAAACUGUGGAACAAUGUAGACAUUGUUUAUAAGAUGUUGCACACAUUUAAAAUCAACUUAAGGCUUCAAAAACUUUUCUAUGCUUAAUCUAAACUAAGGAGAGCUGUUGUUUCUGAGCGGAGUGUGUUUGUUCCAGAUUUGUGAUGUUUCCACCACUAACAGUCACAUAUUGAGAAUGUGUUAUAUAGCAGUGCAUAUAGUUAAUGCCUAUAACUUCUAGAAUGAAUAUAUAGUAUACAAGUUAUGUAUCCAAUAAGAAAUCUGUUUCUGAUCACAGUCAAUAAAUUCCUUCUUGAUUUA